AUGAGUGUUACUGUUUACUCAACCCUCCGCUUCGAGCUCCUCUCGCUCAGUGUCAAUUUCCAACUUUUUCUUCUUCUUCGCAGAUUUUCAUUCCUCGAAUCUGAAUAUGUAAGUAAAAAAGUUUUAAAAAAUCCAUUUUUAUUGCUGUGAUCUGUUGUUUUCUUCUUUAAGACGAAGCAGUGUUGAGAGAGUGGCAGAGAGAACAAUGGCUCCAAAAGGACGUCUUAAAAAGAGGGGUAAUACAAGAAAGGAUGCUGCCAUUGAUGCUAUGAAACCAUAUGGAUUCCCUGUAAAAGUGGUUAAAGAAACCAUAAAGGAACUGCUAAAUGUUUAUGGGGAAGAUGGAUGGCCCUUCAUUGAAGAUUCUUCUUACAAGGUUUUGCUUGAAGCCAUACUUGAAAAGAGUGAUUCCAAGAAACCAGCUGCUGCUGAGAUCUCUAGUACCGGGACUGCCCUUGAACCCGCAUCAUCUGAUGUGAAUACAGAUGGCACAGAGUCCCACACCGGCCAUGGCUUGGACUGUGCAUCAAAUGCUAAUGAGGCUAUGUGCACAUUAAAACCGAGGGAUAAAUCCGAAGGCAAGCAUCUCUCACCGGUUGAAGCGGAAUGCUCCACUAAAAGCGAUGUUCAGUACCCUAGUAGCAGCGGCCACUUCACUCCACCACCACCACUACAAAUUGGAAACUUGACGGUGAAGCGCAGGCCUUACCAUGGCUGGAUUUGCAGUGACGACGAGGAAGAUCUCGUGGAGUUGAGACCAGGACCGAUAGCAGAAGAAAUGGAAAGUUUUCUUAGGAGUUUCACUAAGAACAAAAAAAGAUGGGAUAUGAAACCUGAUGAUAUGUGAAACUGUUUUAAG